CAGCCCUCGGACCGUCCCGCUGGCCCGCACGCCCGCAGCCCGACCGACCGCGAGCCGCGAGCCCAGGCGCGGGGGCGCCCGUCCGCGCAGAGGAGGAAGAGGAUGGCAGGGCCACAUCCCAGCCCGUGGACCAGGCUGCUGCUGGCAGCCCUGCUGAGCACCAGCCUCCCUGGGGCCAUGGCCAACCGCUGCAAGAAGGCUCAGGUGAAGAGCUGCACCGAGUGCAUCCGCGUGGACAAGGAUUGCGCCUACUGCACAGACGAGAUGUUCAAGGAACGGCGCUGCAACACCCAGGCAGAGCUGCUGGCCGCGGGCUGCCGGCAGGAGAGCGUGGUGGUCAUGGAGAGCAGCUUCCAGAUCAUGGAGGAGUCCCGGAUCGACAUCAACUUGCAGCGCAGCCAGGUGUCCCCCCAGAGCCUGCGGGUCCGCCUGCGGCCGGGCGAGGAGCAGCACUUCGAGCUGGAGGUGUUCGAGCCCAAGGAGAGCCCUGUGGACCUGUACAUCCUCAUGGACUUCUCCAACUCCAUGUCCGACGAUCUGGACAACCUCAAGCAGAUGGGGCAGAACCUGGCCCGGGUCCUGAGCGAUCUCACUCGUGACUACACUAUUGGAUUUGGCAAGUUUGUGGACAAAGUCACCGUCCCUCAGACAGACAUGAGGCCUGAGAAGCUGAAGGAGCCCUGGCCCAACAGCGACCCCCCCUUCUCCUUCAAGAACGUCAUCAGCCUGACAGAGGAUGUGGAGGAGUUCCGGAACAAACUGCAGGGAGAGCGCAUCUCGGGCAACCUAGAUGCUCCAGAGGGCGGCUUCGAUGCCAUCUUGCAGACAGCUGUGUGCACGAGGGCCAUCGGCUGGCGCCCCGACAGCACCCACCUGCUGGUCUUCUCCACCGAGUCGGCCUUCCACUAUGAGGCUGACGGUGCCAACGUGCUGGCCGGCAUCAUGAGCCGCAACGAUGAGAGGUGCCACCUGGACGCCACGGGCACCUACACCCAGUAUAAGACGCAGGACUACCCGUCGGUGCCCACCCUGGUGCGCGUGCUGGCCAAGCACAACAUCAUCCCCAUCUUCGCCGUCACCAACUACUCCUACAGCUACUACGAGAAGCUGCACACGUACUUCCCUGUGUCCUCGCUGGGGGUGCUGCAGGAGGACUCGUCCAACAUCGUGGAGCUGCUGGAGGCGGCCUUCGAGCGCAUUCGCUCCAACCUGGACAUCCGGGCCCUGGACAGCCCCCGAGGCCUGCGGACAGAGGUCACCUCCAAGAUGUUUGAGAAGACGAAGACAGGGUCCUUUCACAUUCAGCGGGGGAAAGUGGGCACAUACCAAGUGCACCUUCGGGCCAUCGAGGACCUGGAUGGGACACACGUGUGCCAGCUGCCAGUGGAGGACCAGAAGGGCAACGUCCACCUGAAACCUUCCUUCUCCGAUGGCCUCAGGAUGGACGUGGGCAUCAUCUGUGACGUGUGCGCCUGCGAGCUGCAAAAAGAGGUGCAGUCAGCUCGCUGCAACUUCAAGGGAGACUUCACGUGCGGACGCUGUGUGUGCAGCGAGGGCUGGAGCGGCAAGACCUGCAACUGCUCCACGGGCUUGCUGAGUGACAUGCAGCCCUGCCUGCGGGAGGACGAGGACAAGCCGUGCUCAGGCCGAGGGGAGUGCCAGUGCGGACACUGUGUGUGCUACGGCGAAGGCCGCUACGAGGGUCAGUUCUGCGAGUACGACAACUUCCAGUGUCCCCGCACCUCCGGCUUCCUCUGCAAUGACCGGGGACGCUGCUCCAUGGGCCAGUGUGUGUGUGAGCCUGGUUGGACAGGACCAAGCUGUGACUGUCCCCUCAGCAAUGCCACCUGCAUCGACAGUAAUGGGGGCAUCUGCAAUGGGCGUGGCCACUGUGAGUGUGGCCGCUGCCACUGCAACCAGCAGUCGCUCUACACGGACACCACCUGCGAGAUCAACUACUCAGCGAUCCGCCUGGGCCUCUGCGAGGACCUGCGCUCCUGUGUGCAGUGCCAGGCCUGGGGCACGGGGGAGAAGAAGGGACGCAUGUGCGGCGAGUGCAGCUUCAAGGUCAAGAUGGUGGAUGAGCUUAAGAAAGCGGAGGAGGUGGUGGAGUACUGCUCCUUCCGGGACGAGGACGACGACUGCACCUACAGCUACACCGUGGAGGGCGACGGCAGCCCGGGGCCCAACAGCACCGUCCUGGUGCACAAGAAGAAGGACUGUCCUCCCAGCUCCUUCUGGUGGCUCAUCCCCCUGCUCCUCUUCCUCCUGUUGCUCCUGGCCCUGCUGCUGCUGCUCUGUUGGAAGUACUGUGCCUGCUGCAAGGCCUGCCUGGCACUUCUCCCCUGCUGCAACCGAGGCCACAUGGUGGGCUUUAAGGAGGACCACUACAUGCUGCGGGAGAACCUGAUGGCCUCCGACCACCUGGACACGCCCAUGCUGCGCAGCGGGAACCUCAAGGGGCGUGACACCGUGCGCUGGAAGAUCACCAACAACGUGCAGCGGCCUGGCUUUGCCACCCAUGCCGCCAGCACCAACCCCACGGAGCUGGUGCCCUACGGGCUGUCCCUGCGCCUCGCCCGCCUCUGCACCGAGAACCUGCUGAAGCCCAGCACGCGGGAAUGCGACCAGCUGCGCCAGGAGGUGGAGGAGAACCUGAACGAGGUGUACAGACAGAUCGCAGGUGCACACAAGCUCCAGCAGACCAAGUUCCGGCAGCAGCCCAAUGCCGGGAAAAAGCAAGACCACACCAUUGUGGACACGGUGCUGACGGCGCCCCGCUCGGCCAAGCAGGCCCUGCUGAAGCUCACAGAGAAGCAGGUGGAACAGGGGGCCUUCCACGAGCUCAAGGUGGCCCCCGGCUACUACACCCUCACCGCGGACCAGGAGGCGCGGGGCAUGGUGGAGUUCCAGGAGGGUGUGGAGCUGGUGGACGUGCGUGUGCCCCUCUUCAUCCGGCCCGAGGACGACGACGAGAAGCAGCUGCUGGUGGAGGCCAUCGACGUGCCUGUGGGCACCGCCACCCUCGGCCGCCGCCUGGUGAACAUCACCAUCAUCAAAGAGCAAGCCAGCGGGGUGGUGUUCUUCGAGCAGCCCGAGUACUCUGUCAGCCGCGCGGAGCAAGUGGCCCGCAUUCCCGUCGUCCGGCGCAUCCUGGACAGCGGCAAGUCCCAGGUCUCCUAUCGCACGCAGGACAACACGGCGCAGGGCAACAGGGACUACGUCCCCACGGAGGGCGAGCUGCUGUUCCACCCUGGGGAGACCUGGAAAGAGCUGCAGGUGAAGCUGCUGGAGCUGCAGGAGGUGGACUCUCUCCUGCGGGGCCGCCAGACCCGCCGCUUCCACGUCCAACUCAGCAACCCCAAGUUCGGGGCCCGCCUGGGCCAGCCCCACUCGGCCACCAUCAUCAUCGGGGACCGGGACAGAGGAGAUGAACUGGACCGGAACUUCGUGAUCCCCACUGGGUCAUCACCACCAUCCUCCCACGGCAACCUGGGUGCCCCACAGAACCCCAAUGCCAAGGCCGCUGGGUCCCGGAAGAUCCAUUUCAACUGGCUUCCCCCUCCUGGCAAGCCCAUGGGGUACAGGGUGAAGUACUGGAUCCAGGGUGACUCCGAGUCAGAAGCCCACCUGCUCGACAGCAAGGUACCCUCGGUGGAGCUCACCAACCUGUACCCACAUUGUGACUAUGAGAUGAAGGUGUGCGCCUACGGGGCACAAGGCGAGGGUCCCUACAGCUCCCUGGUGUCCUGCCGCACCCACCAGGAAGUACCCAGCGAGCCAGGGCGGCUGGCCUUCAAUGUCGUCUCCUCCACGGUGACCCAGGUGAGCUGGGCUGAACCGGCUGAGACCAACGGUGAGAUCACAGCCUACGAGGUCUGCUACGGCCUGGUCAACGAGGACAACCGACCCAUCGGGCCAAUGAAAAAGGUGCUGGUUGACAACCCCAAGAACCGGAUGCUGCUCAUCGAGAACCUUCGGGAGUCCCAGCCGUACCGCUACACGGUCAAGGCGCGAAAUGGGGCUGGCUGGGGGCCUGAGCGGGAGGCUAUCAUCAACCUGGCCACCCAGCCCAAGCGGCCCAUGUCCAUCCCCAUCAUCCCCGACAUCCCCAUUGUGGACGCCCAGGGUGGGGAGGACUACGAGAGCUUCCUCAUGUACAGCGAUGACGUCCUGCGCUCCCCGUCUGGCAGCCAGAGGCCCAGCGUCUCCGAUGACACUGAGCACCUGGUAAACGGCCGGAUGGACUUUGCCUUCCCGGGUAGCGCCAACUCCCUGCACAGGAUGACGGUCGCCAACGCGGCCUACGGCACCCACCUGAGCCCACAGCUGCCCCACCGAGUGCUGAGCACAUCGUCCACCCUCACGCGGGACUACCACUCGCUGACCCGCACGGAGCACUCUCACUCCACCAUGCCCAGGGACUACUCCACCCUCACCUCCCUCUCCUCCCACGACUCUCGGCUGACUUCUGGUGUGCCGGACACCCCCACCCGCCUGGUGUUCUCCGCCCUGGGGCCCACGUCUCUGAAAGUGAGCUGGCAGGAGCCCCAGUGCGAGCGGGCACUGCAGGGCUACAGCGUGGAGUACCAGCUGCUGAACGGCGGUGAGCUACACCAGCUCAACAUCCCCAACCCUGGUCAAACCUCAGUGGUGGUGGAAGAUCUCCUUCCCAACCACUCCUAUGUGUUCCGCGUGCGGGCCCAGAGCCAGGAGGGCUGGGGCCGAGAGCGCGAGGGGGUGAUCACCAUCGAAUCACAGGUGUACCCGCAGAGCCCACUCUGCCCCCUGCCAGGCUCCGCCUUCACACUGAGCACCCCCAGUGCCCCAGGCCCACUGGUGUUCACAGCCCUGAGCCCAGACUCACUGCAGCUGAGCUGGGAGCGGCCACGGAGGCCCAAUGGUGACAUCCUUGGCUACCUGGUGACCUGUGAGAUGGCCCAAGGAGGAGGGCCAGCCACCACAUUCCGGGUGGAUGGAGACAACCCUGAGAGCCGGCUGACGGUGCCAGGCCUCAGCGAGAACGUGCCCUACAAGUUCAAGGUGCAGGCCAGGACCACCGAGGGCUUUGGGCCAGAGCGUGAGGGCAUCAUCACCAUCGAGUCCCAGGAUGGAGGCCCCUUCCCACAGCUGGGCAGCCACCCCGGGCUCUUCCAGCACCCACUGCAAGGCGAGUACAGCAGCGUGACCACCACCCACACCAGCACCACCGAGCCCUUCCUAGUGGAUGGACUGACCCUGGGGUCCCAGCGCCUGGACGCAGGUGGUUCCCUCACCCGCCAUGUGACCCAGGAGUUUGUGAGUAGGACGCUGACCACCAGCGGAACACUCAGCACCCAGGUGGACCAACAGUUCUUCCAGACCUGACCCCCGGCCCCACCGUAUCCUGGAACCCAGGCCGCCUCCCCACCUCUUCUCCCCGGUGCCACCUCAGCUACUUCAUCCUUGGACCCCUGGGGGCCCAGCCCCGUCACAUGCUGAUCCCAGGGCUCGCGCCUCUGGCCACAGGGCAAGGGUAGGUGUCCUCUGGGAGGCAUGAAGGGGGCAGCGGUCCCAGAAAGCCCCUCUGGCUGCCCCCACUCUGGGCCUAGACCCAUUUAUAACCAAAGAGCCAAGACUAGCAUGACAAGGACAAGCAUUUAAUAAAAUAUUUUGCU